AACCAAAUGCAAACUAACCACUUUGGCCAUUUUUUGCUUACAAAUUUACUUAUAGGCAUGGUUUGAUUAUUAAUUAACAGGAGAUUGAUAAUUAUAAAAUUAAAUAUUUUUUGAACUCCUUGUCCUUUAAAUGCAAAAAGGCUUGAUGAUUGAGACUGGUGAAAAGGAACAGGAGGAAACCCGCGUUAUUAACGUCAGCGCCGAUCUCAGCUUUCUGUGUAGAAAUUUGAACUUAGAUGAUCUGAAUUUUUCCCGUGACAGUACUGCAGGAACACUGUUGGCACCUUUAAAAAUUUACGGAGCGUCGAAGCUUUGUAACAUUCUCUUCAGCGUCGAACUAUCGAACAAACUCCAAUCCCACGGAAAAGCUGUUACUGUGAACUCUCUGCACCCAGGAGCAGUGUUAACCGAGUUUGGUCGUUUUUCCAUCGUAGCAAACAUUUUUAUGAGAUUGUUCGCUCCUUUUCUGAAGUCACCAAGAGAAGGCGCACAAACCACAAUUUAUUUGGCGGUUGCUGACGAUGUUACAAACGUGACAGGACAAUAUUUCCGAGAUUGCAAGAUUGUUAAACCUUCAAAGCUGGCUCAAGAUGUUGGAAUUGCCAAAAAAUUGUGGGAAGUGAGCGAAACAAUCGUUAAAUUGGAACCAUUGGAAAAAUAUUUUUAAUACGAUUUUCGGCGCCGUCCGUCACAUUUGAAAACACUUCUUUCGCGGAAA